GUUUGUAGGCCAGUUCCUCUCGGCCUCUUCCAAAAUUCACAUCGGCUCCGUUGAGCUGAUUGUGUAUUCGGUUUAAAAUUUGUAGUUUGGUCAUUUUUCGGUGCCGAGGGAUUUUCAUUUUUGUUUCGGAAUUGCUGUAUUUGACCCCUUUCUCUUCCCGCUAAAAAAUUUAUAUCAGCCUUCAGCCAGCCAUGUCUAUGUGGCGCAGUAUAGGAACGAAAACCCAAAGCAGAGUAAUACCUAGCUUUGCGAGCGUGGUCAGUCACCGCGCCUUCGCAAAGGACCACAAUCCAUCUCCUAAGUGCAGCAACGAUUCUGGAAAGGGCUGCGGAAAUUUCACCGCUUGUGGAGAUCCCCGGUACGCGAAGAAACCAGCGCCGAAGAAGGAAGACAGCUUCCAGUUCCACCAUUUGGUAAAGUCACCGCCGGAGUGCUGCAUCGAUCCCUGUGAGGAACGGUUCCCUCCGUACGACCAAUGCUACUACAAGAUCUCUGACAAGGCCACGCGCAAGUAUCAAGUCACCUGGGUGGAGUGUCCGCCCAUCCAGAUCAAGCCCAAGAAGAUCUGCUGCUAUGAGGCGGGAGCUCGUCCGCCGAUCCCACGGCGCAAGCGCAAGGUGUUUGUGGCUUCCGCCGAAUGCCCCACAACUGUCGAGUGCCCCACGGAGGAGGGACUCUGCCCCAGGAUCAAAAUGCCCGGCUGCAAGGCCGUGGACAAUGUCUCUUGCCACGUCGUUAGACGCAAGACCGACUGCGUGAAGGUCAAGGCCCCCUAUCCUUCGUUCUCCGAGUGCACCCACCCACCUCUACGCAAACCUCGGGCCAUCGAAUGCAACUGCCUAGACGUUCCCAGCUCCUGCGACCUCAUCCGUGAGCUGAAGCGGCUUGAAGGAAAUCCACGGAAGCCAAACUGCGGGAGCAAGGGUUAAUUCCAUAGUGCUGUUCGAAUCCUAAUCCCAGCGCUCAGUAUCUUGUUCCGUUGACCUAAAUAUUCCAAAACCGAUCCAGUAAAAGUAACUUUUCUACCGUGCGUAAACUUCCGACUAGCAAUAAACCGAAAUAUGAUUUUUAAA